AUGGCCAAACUUUUUCACUUAAGUUCUAAAACACUUACAGUCACCAUUUGCUUAUUCCUCCUUGCCAUCUCCCUCGGGCAUGCUAACUCUGCCAGAAUCCUCGAUGAAGUGAGCCCGCAAACCCCAUUCCCUGCCACCGUACCUGAUGCAUCAGAUCCUACAGAAACAGAUGUCCCUGAUGUGGCACCUGUACCUGUGGUGGCCCCUGACACCACAUUGCCCAGCGGCCAAACCCCAGCCACCCCCAAUACCAAUCCCGUUACAAAUGCAGCACCAAUUGCCGUUACAAAUGCAGCACCAAUUGCUGGCCCUGCUAUUCCAUUACCAACAGGACCAGCUUCAGUCACUGCCCCCAGUGGCACCGUUUCCCCAGUUGCCAAUGCGCCUAACACUGUCGCAGCCCCUGGCACCAAUGUGGCACCUGUAGCCACCCCAGCCAUCACAACUCAAGCGGGUGCUUCAAAUCCAGAUCACCCUACAUUAUCCUUCUUUAUGCAUGAUAUUCUUGGUGGCUCGCACCCUUCGGGCAGAGUGGUCACUGGUGUCGCGGCCAAUACUGCUGCCAAUGGACUACCAUUCUCCAAGCCCAACAAUCAAGUCUUCCCCAUCAAUGGCGGUGUUCCACUCAACACCAUCAACGGCGUCAUCAAUAACAACAACUAUCCCUUCCUUGUAGGCCUCAAUGGUUCUCCAACGAACACAAUCAUCUCAAACAACAAUGGUGGCAACAAUGUAAAUGGUGGCAACAACCAACCCUUUGUCACUGCAGGACAGCUUCCGGCAGGCCUAACUAUCCAGCAGCUCAUGUUCGGCUCAGUCACCGUGGUGGACAAUCAAAUAACCGAAGGGCACGAGCUUGGAACAGCCGUGCUUGGCAGCGCCCAAGGAUUUUACUUGGCUAGCUCUAGGGAUGGUACCAGCCACACUCUAGCCUUGACUGCAUUGUUCCAUGACCAUAACGGAGACCAUGAAAUUGUGGACUCUGUUAGUUUCUUUGGAGUUCACAGGACAGCUACACCUAUAUCGCACCUUGCAAUCAUUGGAGGGACUGGAAAGUAUGAGAAUGCAAAAGGCUAUGCCACCAUUGAGACUGAUCUUCACCACGAGGAUCAGCACACAACUGAUGGUGUUGAAACCAUUACUCAGUUCACUGUCUACCUCACUCCAUAG